CGAAACAUUAGCCCCUGCUGAAACCGGAGGGAACUCACGGCACUAAUACUAUAAAUUCCAAUUUCUUACAAUCCCAAAAACCAGUUGCAGAACGGAGGGAAAAUAUGCCACUGGGCAUCCCCUCUCUUUCCCUCCGCUUCUCCAUUUUUAUUUCCUUUUCUUUCGCAGCGUCUUCAUCUUCUCCCUUCUUCUCCUCCAAGCUCCAACCACCACCACCAUCAUCAUCAUCUUCAAUCCCCAAAGCUACGCCCUCCGAUUUGCUCUCUCUCUUGGGCGCACCAUCUCAGUCUUCCUCAGUUAAUCCUUUAGUUGCCAAUGAACUCAAAUCCUGUUUCAAUUUCCUCGUUCCCUUCAAUCCAAUCAAAAACUCCCCUGAUUCCAAAUUCCCUUUUUCUAGACGUUCCCUUUUGAAAAGCCCAAGAGAUAAGGAAAAUGAUCUCGUUUGGUGGCCUCCUGAACCGGUUCUUGAGCUGGCCAGGCUCGCUUUUGACUCCGGUGGUGACCCCGAUUCAAUCCAUCGCGCUCUUGAUCCAACCGUCUUGCCUGUGCCUGAUGUUGAAGGAUCAAAGGAAGACAAAUGCGAGUUAACCAGAACGCCAUACGGCAGACGCUUCAUAAGCCAGGAGUUGAAUUCAUAUAUUGAAUACUUGUUUAAACUUAUUGUUGAGAGGGGUCCUGAUGUUGGAUUGAAAGUUUCAUUAAGUCGAUAUGAUUUGUUCCAUGGCCACCUUUUCAUUGCCACACAGACUGGAAGGCUGGGCAUAUUGUUUCAUGCUAAAGAAUAUCCGGCGUAUGAUAAAGAAGUGUUCCCGUAUUACCUGGGUUAUUGCCAGAAGGAUUCUAAUGUGACUUAUGAUGAUUCGAUGAACUUGAGAAAUAUUCUCUGGCUUGCUCCAUUGCCGAGCAAUUCAAAACAGGGAUGGAUGGCUCCAGGUGUCCUGCUUGUCCUGGAUGCUCAUCCCGGAGGAAUCGUAUAUAGGGAUCUCAUACCCGAGUAUGUCAAUUUUGUGAGGACCAUAUACGAAGAUGAUCUGGGGAAUGUUGUGGUUGAUGUAAACUAUUUGAACAUCGGAGAUUCACUGCCUGAUUAUCAGAUUUUUAUUUGUUGAUUCUUCCAAAGAGGAGAUUGUGAUCCAACUGGUGUUCGAUAAUUGCUAACAACAAUACUGAUAAUAUCAAUCAUAACCAUGCAUGCUGCAUAUAGUGGAUGCUUGUAUACUCAUAGUGCCAUGCCAGUGUUUCUUGUGUAUCAAACUUAGCCCACUGAACUGCUGGUUAUAU